AUGAAAGAAUCAGUUACAUUUUUCAUACGCUCUCCCCUCAUAGAUAAGGAUACUUUUACAAAGUUUUUUCUCCGACUCGAUCCUACUAUUAUUCAAAUUUCGGGUGGAGGUUUUCAAGGAAUACAAAUAACCUCUGGGUUCUUCCAGAUUUGGCAAGCAUCCGGAAUAACUAGUGAAUUGCAACUUUACUGCACCGCAAUUGGUGCAUUGAUCUUUGCAGCGUUAAUGCUUUUUGCUGGUUGGUUCCAUUAUCACAAAGCUGCUCCAAAAUUGACUCGGUUCCAAGAUGUAGAAUCCAUGUUGAACCACCAUUUAGCAGGGUUACUAGGACUUGGCUCUCUAUCUUGGGCAGGACACCAAAUACAUGUUUCUUUACCUAUUAAUCAACUCUUAGAUGCUGGAGUGGACCCUAAAGAGAUACAACUUCCUCAUGAGUUUAUUUUAAAUCGUGAGCUUUUAGCUCAACUUUACCCCAGUUUCGCUAAGGGAUUGACCCCAUUUUUCACCCUGAAUUGGUCGGAAUAUUCAGAUUUUUUGACUUUUCGCAGAGGACUCAACCCAGUAACGGGGGGUCUGUGGCUGACCGAUACUACACACCACCAUUUGGCUAUUGCAGUUCUUUUUCUAGUCGCUGGUCAUAUGUAUAGAACCAAUUGGGUUAUUGGUCAUAACCUCAAGGAUAUUUUGGAAGCUCAUAAAGGUCCAUUUACAGUGGAAGGACAUAAAGGUCUUUACGAGAUCUUAACUACUUCAUGGCAUGCUCAAUUAGCUCUUAACCUAGCUAUGUUAGGGUCUUUAACUAUUGUCGUAGCUCACCAUAUGUAUUCUAUGCCUCCCUAUCCAUAUCUAGCUACUGACUAUGGUACCCAACUGUCUCUGUUCACGCACCAUAUGUGGAUUGGUGGAUUUCUCAUAGUUGGCGUUGCUGCACAUGCAGCUAUUUUUAUGGGUGGAUAUCAAAUAACUAUUGAUAAUCCAUCAGACGGUCGACAAGUGGUUGACUUUGUACCUCCGGGACUGGAACUUCUUGUUUCAGAAGGUGAAUUCAUCAAGGCGGAUCAGUCAUUAAUGAAUAACCCUAAUGUGGGUGGAUUUGGUCAGGAAAAUGCAGAAAUAGUACUUCAAGAUCCUUUACGUGUGCAAGGUCUUUUAUUAUUCUUAGCAUCUGUCAUUUUAGCACAGAUAUUUCUGGUUCUUAAGAAGAAACAAUUUGAGAAAGUUCAAUUGGUUGAAAUGAAUUUUUAG